AAGAAUAAAUUAGGGAUUUAUGUACAGAGCAUAGAAACGUAAGCGUGAGGGAGACGUAAAACAAACAACGGAGACCCAUCCGUCGGUCUCUUCCACAAAUUUCUUCAAUUUCAGAAUUUCAUUGUGCUUUCGAAUUCUUCAGGGGGUUUAUUCAUCUGGUGUGAUCGAUCGCUCUUGGCUAUCGGAUCGAGGUUCAUAAUUUUCUUCGAUGGAGGAGAAUCAUCCGUGUUCUCCGACCGAUUCCCAAGCCUUUGAAACUUUGGCUUCAAGAGCUUCCGAUCAUCCCAAUUCCUUUCCGGGUUCUCCUCUGGGCUAUCCAAAACUUGAUUCAUUUCGAGAGCUUGACAUUCCGUCGGGCGCCCAGUUUUCUCCAAGUGAAAAAACUGUUGAAUUUAGGGAAAAUGAUUCUGAGUCACACCAUAGCACUGGGGAAAUGCAAAACUGUUCUAAUAAGAAUAGGGCAAAUUAUUUCUAUUAUGAUUCGCCUAUGUUGGAAGAUACUGGAGUUUGGAUACCAAUUUCUGUUCCACCCAUGUCUGAAACUGAUCAUGAAGAGUGGGCUAAGGGUUUUCACUUGAAUGGCGGUUGCUUUCCUGAAGGUGAAUCAGGGUGGAGCCAAUUCUUUGAGGUAGAAAAAGAGUUAACGAUGUGGGAUGUGAUAGUAGAAAUGUUGCUUGCAGCACGAGGAAAGGUCGGUUCGAUGACUUCCAUGAGUAACAAUGGGUAUAGGUUGUCAUGGAUAUCUAGCCAUAUGGUGGAGCAGGCUUUGAAUGAACUGGCUCAUUCGCUCACUGAAGCAAAUUUUGGAAAUAUAAGAGAAAUCCUUGAAGCUGAGCCACCCAGAUGGUUGUCUGAUAGCGCUGCUUCUUCUUGUAUGUUAUGUGGUGUGAAGUUUCAUCCAAUCAUGUGCUCCAGGCAUCACUGCCGCUUUUGUGGUGGGAUAUUUUGUGGGGAUUGCUCUAAAGGGAGGAGCUUGCUGCCUGUAAAAUUUCGUGUUGCGGAUCCACAGCGAGUAUGCGAUGUAUGUAACGUUCGGCUUGAAUCUGUGCAACCAUAUUUAAUGGAUAAAGUGAGUAAUGCUGCGCAGUUACCGACCCGUGACCUUACGGACCUCAGUACAUUGAGGUCAUGGGUAAACUUCCCUUGGGGACAGUCGAUGGAACAUGAGAUCUAUAAAGCUACAAACACCAUUCGAGCUUAUAAUAAGGUGGGUUGUUUAAAGCCUGAGAAGCUAAUUCCAGAUGCCAUUCUAGGACGAGCAAAAGGUCUAGCAAUUAUUACUGCUGUCAAAAUGGGAGCAGUGGUUACUUACAAUGUAGGAACCGGUCUCGUAGUUGCGCGCAGAGAAGAUGGCUCGUGGUCUCCUCCGUCUGCAAUUUCAUCAAUUGGUAUGGGGUGGGGAGCUCAGAUUGGAGGAGAACUGACCGACUUUAUAAUCGUCUUGAGGACAAGUGAGGCUGUCAAUGCAUUCAGCGGAAAUAUGCACCUAGCCGUUGGGGCUGGCGUGAGCGCUGCAGUUGGAGUAAUUGGGAGGACGGCCGAAGCCGAUAUACGAGCUGGUGAUGGUGGUUUUGGCUCCUGUUAUACAUAUAGUUCUAGUAAAGGUGCAUUUGUUGGAUGUUCACUUAAAGGAAGUAUUGUUACCACUCGAACACAAGAAAAUGCUCGAUUCUAUGGUAAUCAGUCGAUAAGUGCCACCGACAUUCUCCUUGGUUCACUCCCAAGACCACCUGCCGCUGCUACUCUAUAUCGUGCUCUCGCCGAUCUUUACCAGAAGAUCGAGAAUUGAUCAAGCUCAGUGUAAAUUAAUCAUCUCAAUUCACCUGAUGAGAAAAAUUCUAUAGUUUCAUUCAGGUGAGGCAUUUGCCUUGUUUGGUACACGAACUGUAUAGCUCCUUUUUCACCAUCAUUCUUUGUUUCUGUCAAUAUACCGUUACCUAUAGUCUCUUAUGCACAGUAUGUACAGAAAAAGGGGCAAGGUAAAACAAAAUUGAAAUGUGAUCUGAUUCUUGGAAGUAUUGUAUAUGCAUUGAUGUUAUGGAGCGAUUGCCACCAAUA